AUUCCGCCGUCAUCGUUUGGGGUCAAACAUUCAAACCGAUGAGUUUGCUAUUUUCUUGAAACGCAGUCGGAGAAAUAGUGACCGCUCAAAAAAUCCUAAAAUUUGCGUGAAAUCGUUGAAAAACUCGGUUGAAUUACUGUGGACGAUUUCGCCAAAAUGACCAACUCAUCUAAGAUGGAGGUGGACUCCCAAAAGGGGGAAGGCUUCCGUUCGUACUACAUCCAAAAGAUUGAAGAACUGCAGUUGAUUGUGGCGGAAAAGAACCAAAAUUUGCGCCGCUUGCAAGCGCAGCGUAAUGAGUUAAACGCCAAGGUUCGUAUGCUGCGAGAGGAGUUGCAGUUGCUGCAGGAGCAGGGCAGCUACGUGGGUGAGGUUGUAAAGCCCAUGGACAAAAAGAAGGUACUGGUCAAGGUGCACCCGGAGGGUAAAUUUGUGGUUGAUAUUGAUAAGAACAUCGAUAUCAACGAUGUGACUCCGAACUGUCGGGUGGCCCUGAGGAACGAAAGCUACACGCUGCACAAAAUUCUGCCGAACAAGGUCGAUCCAUUGGUGUCGCUUAUGAUGGUGGAGAAGGUCCCGGAUUCGACCUACGAGAUGGUCGGUGGAUUGGAUAAGCAGAUAAAGGAGAUCAAGGAGGUGAUUGAACUGCCGGUGAAGCAUCCUGAGCUGUUUGAUGCGUUGGGUAUUGCGCAACCGAAGGGGGUUUUACUGUACGGGCCGCCGGGAACGGGUAAGACGCUGCUGGCCCGAGCCGUGGCUCAUCAUACGGAAUGUACGUUCAUUCGCGUUUCCGGAUCGGAAUUGGUACAGAAGUUUAUCGGCGAAGGCUCUCGUAUGGUGCGCGAACUGUUCGUAAUGGCUAGAGAGCAUGCUCCCUCGAUUAUCUUUAUGGAUGAAAUCGAUUCCAUUGGAUCGUCACGUAUUGAGAGCGGUAGCGGAGGCGACUCGGAAGUGCAGCGAACUAUGCUGGAAUUGUUGAAUCAGCUGGAUGGGUUUGAGGCCACCAAAAACAUCAAAGUCAUCAUGGCUACUAAUCGUAUCGAUAUUUUGGAUCCGGCCCUGCUGCGUCCCGGUCGUAUCGAUCGUAAGAUUGAAUUCCCGCCACCAAAUGAGGAAGCUCGAUUGGACAUUCUGAAGAUUCACUCGCGGAAGAUGAAUCUAACGCGUGGUAUCAACCUGCGCAAGAUUGCCGAACUGAUGCCGGGUGCUUCCGGAGCCGAGGUGAAAGGAGUAUGUACAGAGGCGGGAAUGUACGCCCUCCGAGAGCGCCGUGUUCAUGUCACGCAGGAGGACUUUGAGAUGGCAGUCGCUAAGGUGAUGCAGAAGGACUCCGAGAAGAACAUGUCGAUCAAGAAGCUCUGGAAGUAGAGUGUUUCAUGAAAUACUAAUUAGAAUAUGUAAUCCACACUUUUGGGACUGUCCGUAUUUUGCUUAAUAUUAUGCUAAUAAACUAUAUGAAAAUACUGAAA